UUACUUGUUAUUAAUUAAAUAAUCAAUUGAAUCAGCUGACAACACAGGAAAAGGAAUUAUGACGUCAGUACUGCAUAGACGAAGUUUGCUGCUGAAAGCUAGCUAUAGGUAUAUUUGAACGUUCCAUGAAAUUGUAGGGUAUAGUGGUAUUAUUCAAAUGGUGUUGUUGUUGUUUGAAGUAUGACGUAUUCUAUCAACAAAUUGAUCCAAAUAUGGAAAUAGGACUGAAAAUGGACCACCUAUCAGUUGAAUAUUUUGGUAAAUGUAUUCACGAUAUAGUUUCAAUCUCGGACGCAAUUUUGGAUGGUUGGGUGAUGAAAAUCAAAAAUGACUCGGAAAACGGAAAAUAUAUAGUUAAAAAGCAGACUACUUUGCUCAAAGCGCCUGAGGAUGCCAGUGAAGUACCUGUCACUUUCGAAUACCACGUUGCAUAUAAUAUCAGUUAUGGAGUUCCAGUAUUAUGUUUCAACAUUUGGCAACCAGAUGGAUCCCUGUUGACUCUAGAAGGGUAUUGGAAAAGUAAUAUGGCGUUUGGAGAUUCCAAUAUGUAUGAAACUUUGACUCAAAUGGAUCAUCCUGUACUAUGUAAACCUUUUCUGAGCCUCCAUCCUUGCAAGACCCAGGAAAUUUUACAGACGUUUCUGGCGACCAGUAAGAAUCCCGUUAUAUCUUGGCUGACUGUGGUAGGGCCUUUUGUCAGUUUAAAUUUGCUCGAAGAAUACGUAAAGCAUUGUUGAGAAUUGUAUUGAAAUUGCUUCGCGUAAUUCAUCUGCUUUGUCUGAUGUGCAUCUCCCAUGACUUGACAAUAUAUUUUCGA